AUGCCUCCUAGAAGAAGAGCUGCCGCGAACCCUCCAGCUGAUCCACCUCUGGACGGCUGUGCGAUCGCAGUUAGCGGCAAGUUUGACGACAUUAACCACAGUCAUUCCUCUCUCGAGGCUCUCAUCCGCAAGCAUGGUGGAUCUUUCACCAGAAGCGUCACAAAGGCCACCACUCAUGUUGUUUCUACUCAAGAUGACUUUAACUCCCAAAGCAACAAAGUCACAGCGGCCAAGGAUAAAGGCAUUCCUGUCGUGGACCCCACGUGGCUCAUUGACAUCGACUCCAAGGGUAAUAAGCUGAGCGCUGACGACUAUACCUGGGACUCUGCUUCCAAGACCAAUGGCACUGCUAAAGCUGCGACCAAUGGCAAGUCAAAGAAGCGAUCCCCUCCUGCCGCUGAUGAUGAGGACGAAGAGGAGGAAAGCCAACCCAAGUCCAAGCGCGCAAGGAGCACCAGCGUUGCGCCUAAAUCGAAGGCUAAGCCCACGGCGGCCAAGAAGAGCACCAAAGACAAGGCCCCCGUUGAGGAUGAGUCCGAGGAGGAGGAGGAGGCCCCCAAGGCCAAAUCUAAGCCCAAGGCUGCUGCAAAGAAGGGUGCUAAGGGCAAAGCUGCUGUCAAGGAUGAGCCUGAGGAGAGCUUGGAGGAAGAAAAGGUUGUUGCUGAAGGCCAGUUCAUCAAGAAGAAGGAUGUCGCAAUUCCUCUCGAUGAGCACUGCACCCUCCCCACCUAUCAAGUCUAUGUUGAUCCAGACUCUGGUCUCAUCUAUGAUGCUUCCUUGAACCAGACCAACUCCUCUGCAAACAACAACAAGUUCUACCGCAUUCAGGUGUUGAAGAAUCCCAAGUCCACUGACUUCAAGACAUGGACUCGAUGGGGCCGUGUUGGAGAGAUGGGCCAGAAGGCCAUCCUUGGAGACGGAACCGUUGAUGACGCUAUCAAGCAGUUCCAGAAGAAGUUCAAGGACAAGUCAGGCCUCUCCUGGGACAACCGUACCGACAACCCCAAGCCUGGCAAGUAUGCGUUCGUCGAGCGUAGUUACAACCCCGAUUCUGAUGAUGACGACGAGGACGAUAAGAAGGCUGUCAAGAAGGAGGCAGAUGAUGAGGAAGAUAAUGCAUCUCCCCCUGAGUGUACACUCGAGAAGCCCGUCAAGGAAUUGAUGGAGCUCAUUUUCAACCAGCAGUACUUCCAACAGGCUAUGACAUCUCUCAACUACGAUGCCAACAAGCUGCCACUGGGCAAGCUGAGUAAGACAACUAUCACUCGCGGUUUCCAGCAGCUCAAAGAUCUCGCUGCCCUGAUUGACGACCCAACCCUUGCCGUAUCAAAAUGGAACAUGUCCAUGUCUGCUGCUACUGAGCACCUUUCCAACACCUACUACUCGUUCAUUCCCCACGCCUUUGGUCGAAACCGGCCACCUAUCAUCCGCGACAACACCCUACUUAAGCGGGAAAUAGAACUUCUCGAGAGCUUGUCAGACAUGAAGGACGCUGCUGAGAUCAUGAAGAUUGACCGCAAGACGAGAGAUACCAUCCAUCCUCUCGAUCGCCAGUUCCAGGGUCUCGGCCUUGAGGAGAUGACUCCUCUUGACCACAAGAGCAGCGAGUUCAGUCAUCUCAAGAACUACCUCAACGAGUCCCGCGGUUCUACUCAUAACAUGAGUUACACAGUCAAGGAUAUCUUCCGCAUUGAGCGACAAGGCGAGUUCAAGCGAUUUGACAACUCUGAAUAUUCCAAGAUCUCUUCCGAUCGUCGUCUUCUGUGGCACGGCUCGCGAGCAACAAACUACGGUGGUAUCCUUAGUCAGGGUCUCCGUAUUGCCCCUCCCGAAGCUCCUGUGUCAGGUUACAUGUUCGGCAAGGGUAUUUAUCUCGCCGAUAUGUCCUCCAAGUCGGCCGGAUACUGUUGCUCUUACAACACUGGUGGCGAGGCUUUACUUCUGCUUUGUGAGGCCGAGCUUGGUGAUCCUAUUCAGAAGCUCGUCGAUUCUAGCUACAAUGCUGGCACUGACGCAAAGAAGAAGGGCAUGCACAGUACCUGGGGCCAAGGAAGAACCGGCCCCAGCAAGUGGAUCGAUGCCGGCGUGGUUCAUGAAAGCCUCAAGGGUAUCAAGAUGCCCGAUCCCAGUGUCAAACCUGGUGAUACCAACGUUUCCGAUGCCCGUCUGUACUACAACGAGUACAUCGUUUACGAUGUCGCUCAAGUCAAGCUGCGUUACCUCCUCCGCGUCAAGAUAUAG